GGGGCUGGCCGGGGGCCGGGCUCUCCCCGCUCCCUCCUAGCAGCCGAGGAGUUAAAAACUCAGCCCGGGUGAUGAAUAUGUAAGAGCAGAGCCCAGGCUGGAGCCGAGCAUCUCCCGGGCUGCGGGCGCUGCCAGCGCUGCCGCCCGCCCCAGCCCGGCACCGGGCGCGCUGCGGAGGGACGGGACGGGACGGGGAGGUGCGGGGGUCCCCCCGCUGCCCCGCGCCGCCAUGGGCCCCACCGGGCUCGGCAUAACUUUCCUGACGCUGCCCCUCGUCGUGCGAGCGGCCGCGGGAGGGCAGUGGUGUUACGACUCACAGGACCCCCGAUGUGGGCCCAGCCACUGGAAGGAGCUGAAAGCCACAUGUGGUGGGGACAGGCAGUCCCCUGUGAACAUCGACAGGCGCCGACUGCAGCGGGAUGGCGGCCUCGGGGACAUCCUCUUCGAGGGCUACGACCAGGCUCCCCCUGGCAAGUGGAGGCUGACCAACAACGGGCACACAGUGAUGCUGAGCCUGGCGGGCGAGUCGGCCUCGGAGCACAUCGCCGUCAGCGGGGGCGGCCUCCCCGGGCGGUUCCGCGCGCUCCAGCUCCACUUCCACUGGGGCAGCCCUGCUGGGAACGGCUCCGAGCACACCCUCGAUGGGCGCCAGCUCCCCAUGGAGAUGCACAUUGUCCACAUGAAUGCCAAGUACCAGACACUGGCAGAGGCCAAGGGGCAUCCCAAUGGGCUGGCUGUCCUCGGCUUCUUCUUCCAGGUCUCUGAAACCACUAACACCAACUACAACACCAUCGUGGCAGGGCUGAGGAAUGUCUCCCACGCUGGGGACUCUGUGGAUUUGGCCUCCACGUUCCGCCUGGGCACGCUGCUGCCGCCUGCCGCCCGCCUCUCGGGCUACUACCGCUACCAGGGCUCGCUGACCACCCCCGACUGCAGCGAGGCCGUGCUCUGGACCGUGUUCGAGGAGCCGGUGGAGAUCGGCCGGGAGCAGCUGAAGGCGUUCGUCAGCACCCUGCACUUCCCACUCGAGGGAUCCACGCUCCUGAAAAUGAUCAACAACUUCCGCCCGCCGCAGCCGCUCCGCAGCCGCAGGAUCUUUGCCUCCCGGGGGGCCACAGCCAGCGGGGUGUCCCUGCACGGGGACCAGCUCCUGUCACCCCUGCUGCCCCUGGCCCUGCUCAGCCUCCUCUCAGCAGCCCCGUAGGGUCUGGCCCCGCUGCAGUGGAGAUGGAGGCGAUGCAUCUUGUUCAUGGAAAAUGGGAAACGAGGGAAAAAAAGCACCUUGAAACCUUGGCUGGGUGAAGAUUUUGUGAAGCUGAAUCUCUGCAGAGGUGAAUCUCUGCAAGCCUGGAGCUGCCCUGGGCUGCCCCUGUAGAUGGGCAGGGGGAGCUGCUGGGAGGGGGAUGUUGUAUUGACUGGAAUAAAGCCAAGGUCCCGUCA